AUGACAGCUAAUGAUGUUGAUGUCUAUAUCAUUCCAUCUGAAGAUGCACACCAGAGUGAAUACCCACCAUCUUACGAUAAACGAAGAACUUAUAUCUCAGGUCUAUCUGGAUCAGCUGGUAGAGCAGUAGUUACACAAUCUAAAGCUGCUUUAUGGACUGAUGGUAGAUAUUAUUUACAAGCUGAAGAUGAACUAGAUUGUAAUUGGAUUCUCAUGAAACAAAGCGUUGAAGGUGUACCCUCUAUCACUGAAUGGUUAUUAACAGAACUGAAAAAUAGUCCCAGUAAAAAAGUUGGUGCCAGUCCAUUUCUUAUGAGCAGCAAUUCCUGGUCAAAAUAUGUCGAAGCUUUCAAAAAUUCUGGUAUAACUAUGAAAUCCGUACCAAAUGAUCUAAUUGAUGCCAUCUGGACAUCAGAUAGACCUGAAAAACCAGAUUCACCAAUUAAUGCCUUACCGUUAGAUUUCUCGGGGAAAUCAUGGCAGAAUAAAAUUGAAGAAUUAAGACAAGAUAUGACAGAUAAAAGUGCAGAUGCUUUUAUUGUUACUAGUUUAGAUGAAACUGCAUGGCUAUUCAAUAUGAGAGCGAAUGAUAUUUUAUAUAACCCGUUUGUUGUUUCUUAUGCAAUAGUAGAAAUGGACAAGAUCAGUACCGAAAAGAAAAUAUGGGUAACAUUGUUAAGUAGUCAAGGUAUUUUUGAAGCGAUUCCAGAGAUUCGUGAUGCUGUGGCUUUGAUAAAAUUCAUGGCUAAAUUAGAAAGAGAAGUAAAAGAAGGAAAACAUUGGACAGAAGUUUCAGCUGCUGUCGACCUUAAAAAAUACAGAGCUGCUGAAGAAUUUAGUCGAGGGUUGAGUUUUCCAAGUAUAUCAGGAUCAGGUUCUAAUGGUGCCAUUAUACACUACACAGCUUCAAAUGCUACUGAUAAAAAAAUAACAACAGAAGAAAUGUAUUUAUUAGAUUCUGGAGGACAAUAUCUUGACGGUACUACAGAUGUUACAAGAACUUUCCAUUUUGGAACACCUACUGCUUAUGAAAAGGAAUGUUAUACCAGAGUUUUGAUGGGACAUAUAGAUUUGGCAAUGUUAAAAUGGCCACGUGGAUUGUAUGGUCGUGAUAUUGAUGCUGUGGCAAGAAAACCACUAUGGGAUGUUGGUUUGAUAUAUCGUCAUGGUACUGGUCAUGGAAUCGGUGCUUAUCUCAGCGUUCAUGAAGGCCCUGGUAGAAUUUCCAUUGCACAUGCAGUUAAUCCAAAUGAUGAACCGUUAGACGAACAUAUGUUUUUCUCUGAUGAACCGGGUUAUUACGAGGAUGGUAAAUUUGGUAUACGAUUAGAAACUAUUGUAAUGGUUGAGAAAAAAGAAACCAAGUAUGACUUUCCUGAUACUCAGAUGUUAGGUUUUACAGAAAUAACUUUGGUACCAUACGAACCUAAUCUGAUAAACUUCGACAUGUUAUCCGAAGAACAGGUUGGUUGGUUAAAUGCAUACCAUGUCCGAGUUGAGAAAGAGGUCGGACCCAAAUUGACAGAUAUCUUCGAACAAUGGUUGACUCGUCAUCGGUCGAAAUUUAAUUAUCAAAGACUAAACUAUAAUCAACAGAUUAUAGAAUAG